CUUCUAAACAGAAAGCGAGAUAAAAAGUACAGUUUGUUGAAAAUCUACACAAAACGGAGUAAUGUUUUACAUUUAGAAGUGGAAAAGUUGUGUCGUAGUUUAAUUAUUAAGUUAUUAAUUUAAGUAUAAAACGUCCGCGUAACCGAAAUUGUACAGUAUUAGUCAUUACAGUAGUAAAUUAUUAUUCCAUUGGCGUAUUUCUAACACCUCUGGCUCGACAGAAUAAAUGAUAAUACCAGUCAUCAAAUAAGCCUAAACAUGAUACGACUUUUCUCGCUGAAACAACAGAAAAAAGACGGAGAAGCCGCUCCGAAAAAUACUCAGAAACGAUCUUCAGCCGCGCAGCUACGAAUUACGAAAGAUAUUAACGAAUUGAAUCUACCCAAGACAUGUAAUACUAUAUUUCCCGAUCCAGAUGAUUUAUUAAAUUUCAAAAUCACUAUUGCUCCUGAUGAGGGAUUCUAUAAAGGAGGCAAAUUCACGUUUAGUUUCAAAGUGGGCCCUAAUUAUCCUCACGAACCACCUAAGGUUAAAUGUGAAACCACCGUUUAUCAUCCGAAUAUCGAUUUAGAAGGAAACGUUUGCCUAAAUAUUUUACGCGAAGAUUGGAAGCCAGUUUUAACCAUCAACUCGAUCGUUUAUGGAUUACAGUACUUGUUUUUGGAACCCAAUCCGGAAGAUCCUCUCAAUAAAGAAGCCGCCGAAGUUUUACAAAAUAACAGAAGACUUUUCGAACAAAACGUGCAGAAAGCCAUGAGAGGAGGUUACGUCGGUCAAGUAUUUUUCGAAAAAUGUCUCAAAUAGGAGACUCAACUUUCAUUUUCUUUAAAAUCCAAUGCACUAAUAUUCGCGCUUUCUCUUUACAACACGGAACAAACAUCAAAUGUUCUGUAUCAAGUACCUGUAUAUAAAUCUUAAAAAAUUCGAUUUCGUGUAUAUUUUGUAUUAAAAUUUAUUCGCCGAAUUA